AUUUAUGCUGUGUUGACAUCGGACCGAGGUGCACGUCGCAGCGAGAGUGACGAGGAAUAUUUGCUGUUCUUUUGGAUUAACACCGUGGAUAUUUUUGAAGAUCAUGCAGAAAUCUUGAAAUGAGAGUGUGAAAUGGUAUCACUUCCGAAAGUGCGGAUCUUUAUCACUGCCCCAUUGAUGACUACGGCCAGAACGGGUCUCAGGAAUAGCUGCGGCUGCAUUCAUAAACACUUCUUUAGGACUCACAACAACCCCUGAGCUUUGUUUUGGGGUUUCAAAUAACACAAUUUCCUGUUGUGCACCUGGGUUAACAAUGGCGGAAAAAGGUAAAAUGAGCAAUGAGCAUCUCGGAGGAGUUGCCAGGCUCCGAGAGGAACAAGAGAAGGUGGUGAAAGACUGUGAAAGUCGGAUUCAGCACUGGAAGAAGUUGGCAGGUGACUAUGAAGCGCUGAAUGACCGGCUUAAAACUCUUCCAGAUCAGCUUUCUUAUGACAUCACGGUGCCCUUUGGCCCUCUGGCCUUCAUGCCGGGGAAGCUGGUGCACACCAACGAGGUCACAGCGUUGCUCGGCGACAACUGGUUCGCCAAGUGCUCCACCAAGCAGGCUCAGAAAAUUGUGGAUCACAGGAUGAAAUAUGUGAAGAGUGAAAUGGACGAUCUUUCAAAGACGAUGAAAAACUUUGAAGCCAGAGUCGGGCUCACCAAGGAUUUGGAAAACAUCUCGUCUGGGAAAGGGGACUAUAUUGACAUUAGAGAAGACUCCAGAAACAUCGAAGCUGCUGUCACCAAAGGAAGGAAAAGGAUAGCACACAAACCUAAUUCUAAACCCAAAUUGGAUGCCAUUUUGGAUCUAGAAGAAGAAGAAGAAGAAGAAGAAGAAGAGGAGAUUAAAGUGGAGGGCGGAGAUACAGAGAGAAGAAUAGGCACCAUCACUGAGGAGGAGUUGUGGGCUAGGUUGGAUGAACUGGAGAAGCUGGAGCAGCAGCAAGAUGAUCAGGACAGAUUAUCUGAUAAUGCGGACAUGAAUGGUGAGGAAUCCUCAUCCUCUGAAGAGGAGAAGGAGGCAGAUGCAGCACCUCCAGUAAACGGACAAAGUGUGAAGCCAAGCUGGACCCCCGCGCCUCACAGUAAAAAGCCGCCGUGCAAAGACAGCAUAGCAGAGGAAGACGACGAGGAAGAGGAAGGCCACGGUUUGCCUACCAUCCUUUUCUCUCACACAAUGGAACCUAAGAAGGUGAGGAUAAACAUAGGAAAGAACACCAUGUUGAAGUUCAGCGAGAGGAAAGAGCAGCAUUCUAAGAAGAAAAAGAAAAACGGCCUCAACAAUGGACAUCAUGAACUUCACAAAAUCACAACCCCAGUGGACAUUUACAGGUUGUUUGUGGACGUGAAGAACGGGGAACCCAUCCCCAGAAAGUCCAUCCUGAAGUCUCGCAGCCGAGAGAACAGCGUGUGCAGCGACACGAGCGAGAGCAGCGCGGCAGACUUUGAUGAGCGCCGUAUGAUUGGACGAAGCUUCAGCCACGACGACACGACGCACAGCGACACAAGCGACGGCCUCACGGAGGAGGACAGUCCCACCGCCGUCCCACUGCACCCCGCCAGUCGGUUUGAGGCCUUUUCAGGUACAGUGGUGGAAAAGGACCCGAUGCCUACAGCUGUUCCUCACCUGACCCUCGCUCCACCAGCUCUGCCCACCAUCAUGGAGAGGAAGCAGGAGGAGGUGGCGUCUGAAGUAGCUCCCCCCCAGGAGGCCCCGAAGAGGGUGUCCAAGUUUAAAGCUGCCAGAUUGCAGCAGAAGUGAUGGUUGGCAAUCAAUUAUAAUUUUUCACAAUAACAUGUCAGUCUGUUUUUUUACUAAAGUUUCUUUUCUCCAACCGAUGACCUGCACAGCAUCUCUCUUUUCCUUCACACAUCUUUUACUUCCUUCAAUACAGGGUUUCUGUCAUUGAGAAUUCAGUGAGAAAAAGUAGAGUAGCAACGCUUUGUGUGUAACACUGCUUUUUAGCAAGAUCCAAACACUAGUAAAUACUCCCUUGCUCACUCAUCUGUUGCUUAUCCAUUAUUACAGUUUAAAUGGCGACCGAUUUCUGUCCGUCAUCGUUUUACCUUUCUUUUGUUUUUCUGUUCAUCAAUGCUAGAGCCAGUUAAGGUAGGACUAUAGGCUGCUCUUAAAAGCAGUUGCCUUGUUUUUUUUGGAUUGUUAAGCAGAAUCGGUUGCCAGCUAGUUCUUAUUUGUAUUUUUUCUUGACCUGCCUAAUGAAUGUAUUCCUUUGUGACAAGCUUUAUGUAAAGACAAAAAAAGAAUAUUGAUGGAAACUAAAAGGAAAAUAAACAAUUUUGGCUACAAA